AUGACUGCCUCGCUGCAAAGCCUUGGGCCGAUGCUGCUGCUCUCCUGGACAGUAUUGCUGAUCAGCACUGCGGCUGCUUCCCAGAAUCAAGAACGGUUAUGUGCAUUUAAAGAUCCAUAUCAGCAAGAUCCAGGAAUUGGUGAGAGUCGUAUAUCCCAUGAAAAUGGCACUGUUUUAUGUUCAAAGGGUAGCAUCUGCUAUGGACUUUGGGAAAAAUCCAAAGGGGACAUAAAUCUCGUGAAACAAGGGUGUUGGUCUCACAUUGGAGAUCCUGAAGAAUGUCAUUCUGAAGAAUGUGUUGUAACAACUACCCCUCCCUCAAUUCAGAAUGGAACGUACCGUUUCUGUUGUUGCAGAACAGACUUAUGUAAUGUCAACUUCACUGAGAACUUUCCACCUCCAGACACCACACCUUUGAGUCCUCCUCAUUCAUUUCACCGAGAUGAAACAAUAGUAAUUGUCUUGGCAUCAGUCUCUGUAUUAGCUGUUUUGAUAGCUGCCCUGUUCUUUGGCUAUAGGAUGCUGGCAGGGGAUCGUAAGCAAGGUCUUCACAGUAUGAAUAUGAUGGAAGCAGCAGCCUCUGAGCCUUCUCUGGACCUAGAUAAUCUAAAACUUCUGGAGCUGAUUGGUCGAGGACGAUAUGGGGCAGUGUAUAAAGGUUCUUUGGAUGAGCGUCCAGUAGCUGUAAAAGUUUUUUCUUUUGCCAAUCGUCAAAACUUUAUCAAUGAGAGGAACAUUUAUCGAAUUCCUCUUAUGGACCAUGACAACAUUGCUCGCUUCAUUGUUGGAGAUGAAAGAUUUACUGCUGAUGCACGAAUGGAAUAUUUGUUGGUUAUGGAGUAUUAUCCUAAUGGUUCUUUGUGCAAGUAUUUGAGUCUUCAUACCAGUGAUUGGGUAAGCUCUUGUCGUUUGGCACAUUCUGUGACCAGAGGCCUGGCAUACCUUCAUACAGAAUUACCAAGAGGAGAUCAUUACAAACCUGCAAUUUCCCAUCGAGACUUAAACAGCCGAAAUGUUCUUGUAAAGAAUGAUGGAACCUGUGUCAUUAGUGACUUCGGAUUAUCUAUGAGGCUAACAGGAAAUAGACUUGUCCGCCCUGGGGAAGAGGACAAUGCAGCAAUAAGUGAGGUUGGUACAAUCCGAUAUAUGGCACCAGAAGUGCUAGAAGGAGCCGUAAACCUGAGGGACUGUGAAUCAGCUCUAAAACAAGUGGACAUGUAUGCACUUGGCCUAAUCUACUGGGAAAUAUUUAUGAGAUGUACUGACCUCUUCCCAGCAGGCGAGUCUGUGCCAGAGUACCAGAUGGCCUUCCAGACAGAAGUAGGGAACCGUCCCACUUUUGAAGACAUGCAAGUCCUGGUGUCUAGGGAAAAACAGCGGCCCAGAUUCCCAGAAGCCUGGAAGGAAAACAGCCUGGCUGUAAGAUCACUAAAGGAGACAAUCGAAGACUGUUGGGACCAGGAUGCAGAGGCUCGGCUUACUGCUCAGUGUGCUGAGGAGAGGAUGGCCGAACUCAUGAUGAUUUGGGAAAGGAACAAAUCAGUCAGUCCAACAGUCAAUCCAAUGUCUACUGCUAUGCAGAAUGAACGCAACCUGUCACAUAACAGGCGUGUGCCAAAGAUUGGCCCUUAUCCAGAUUAUUCAUCUUCCUCAUACAUAGAAGACUCCAUCCACCACCCUGACAGCAUUGUAAAGAACAUUUCCUUAGAACAUUCAGUGUCUAGUAGCACACCUUUAACCGUAGGCGAAAAGAACCGAAAUUCAAUUAACUAUGAGCGACAGCAAGCCCAGGCUCGUAUUCCCAGUCCUGAAACGAGCGUCACCAGCUUGUCCACAAACACCACCACCACGAACACCACCGGCCUUACUCCUAGCACCGGCAUGACCACCAUCUCGGAGAUGCCCUACUCCGAUGACACCAACGUCCACGCCGCCCAUGGGGCUCCGCCGGCGGGGCCGACCCCCGUGUGCCUGCAGCUCACCGAAGAAGACUUGGAGACCAACAAGCUGGACCCGAAGGAGGUCGACAAGAAUCUGAAGGAGAGCUCCGACGAGAACCUCAUGGAGCACUCGCUGAAGCAGUUCAGCGGCCCCGACCCGCUGAGCAGCACCAGCUCCAGCCUGCUCUACCCCCUCAUCAAGCUGGCCGUGGAGGGCUCCGGGCCGCAGGACUUCGGGCCGGCCGCUAACGGCCAGGUGUGCCUCCUCCCCAACGUCCCGCCGGCCCAGAUCUACCCCCUUCCCAAGCAGCAGAACCUUCCCAAGAGACCCACCAGCCUCCCCCUCAACACCAAAAACUCCACCAAAGAGCCCCGGCUCAAAUUCGGCAGCAAGCACAAAUCAAACUUGAAGCAAGUGGAGACGGGAGUCGCCAAGAUGAACACCAUCAACGCCGCCGAACCUCACGUGGUAACGGUCACCAUGAACGGUGUGGCAGGCAGAAGCCACGGUGUGAGCACCCACGUCCCCGCCGCCCCCUACGCCAACGGCGCGGUGCCCUCGGGCCAGGCCCCGGGCUCUGCCGCGCACCGAGCCCAGGACGUGCUGCAGAACCAGUUCAGUGGGGAGGACGGCCGGCUGACCAUCAACUCGAGCCCCGACGAGCACGAGCCUCUGCUGAGGCGGGAGCAGCAGGCCGGCCACGACGAAGGCGUCCUGGACCGCCUGGUGGACAGGAGGGAGCGGCCCCUGGAAGGCGGGCGGACAAACUCCAACAACAACAACAGCAACCCGUGCCCAGGGCAAGACGUGCUCCGCGUGGGCCCGGGCACCGAUCCGGGCCAGGCCAAGCCCAGAAGAGCCCAGAGGCCCAACUCCUUGGACCUGUCAGCCACCAACGCACUGGACAGCUGCGCUCUGCAGCUAGGUGAGUCAUCACAAGAUGGCAAGCCAGGAUCGGGUGAAAAGAUCAAGAAACGUGUGAAAACCCCCUAUUCCCUUAAGCGGUGGCGCCCUUCUACCUGGGUCAUCUCCACGGAACCACUGGACUGUGAGGUCAAUAACAAUGGCGGUGACAGGGCCACUCAUUCCAAAUCCAGCACUGCUGUUUACCUUGCAGAGGGGGGCACUGCCACAACCAGGGUGUCUCAAGAUACAGGAAUGAACUGUCUGUGAAGUAUCUCCCAAGCCUACCCAGAAAAGGACUUUUUUUUUCAUCAUUUAAAACAAACAUACAGAAGACAUUUAAAAAAAAAAAAAAAGAACAACUUUAUCCUCCUGUCAGCUCCCCCUACCAAGGACUUGCUUUAAAUAGAUUUCAGCUAUGCAGAAAUUUUUUUAGCUUAUGCUUCCAUAUUUUUUAAG